AUGUCCGCUCUCCACGCUGCCUCGGACAGGUUUGCUUUACGGCCCGACAGCUCGGUCCAAAACUUAGUUGCAUGGAAAAAUGAAUAUACAUUGGAAGGGGACGAUGUCGGAGCUUCUCAAAGCAAAGAUCCCCAGGAGACACAAGAGCUUGAGUAUGAGGAGGAAGAAGUGGAUGAAACAGUUCGAGAGGACAUGGCAAAGCUCGAGGAUACAUUCCCAGGGAUUUCAGACCGGUUUCGUCUGGUUAACAGGAUUGGAGAAGGUACAUUCUCGACUGUAUACAAAGCAGAGGAUCUCCAUUACGAUGAAUACAAGAACGAUUGGGAUAUAUUUUCACGAGCACAACAAGAAAACUAUGCUAGCCCCCCAACCAAACGACGACGAAUGGAGGGCGAGCCAACAGGACGGAAAAAGCCGCGAUUCGUCGCAUUGAAGAAAAUCUAUGUUACGAGUAGCCCGUUGCGAAUCCAGAACGAGCUCGAGCUGCUCCAUGAUCUCCGAGGAUGCGGCUCUGUCUGCCCUCUGAUCACGGCCUUCCGAUACCAGGACCAAGUAGUGGCAGUGUUGCCCUAUUUCCCACACACAGACUUCCGCAUUCAAUACCGCACGUUCAUGGUUGCAGACAUGCGCCAUUAUCUACGAUCUCUCCUGACCGCGCUAAACUCUGUACAUGGACAUGACAUUCUUCACCGUGAUAUCAAGCCAACCAAUUUUCUUUACAACCCAGACCUGAAAGAAGGCGUGCUGGUUGAUUUUGGACUCGCUGAGCGCCAAGGUUCGGAAUACACCAGUCCAUGUCUAUGUACCCACCAGAAUUAUGUUCGCCGUAGUCGGAUCCUCUCUAGUUACUACUCCAAAAACCCCCUUUCCACAGGCUUAUCAUCUGGCUAUCCCAAGAAUGAUUCACGGCCAUCAAGGCGAGCGAAUCGUGCUGGAACUCGGGGGUUCCGAGCCCCGGAGGUUCUCCUAAAAUGCACUUCACAGACUACUAAGAUUGACAUGUGGUCAGUGGGGGUCAUCCUUUUGACCCUGUUGGGACGUCGAUUCCCCUUCUUCAACUCUGCAGAUGACAUUGAUGCGAUGAUCGAGAUGGCAAGCAUAUUUGGCACCCCGCGCAUGAAGGCUGCCGCGGCCAUGCAUGGUCAGAUCUUUGAAACCAACAUUCCAACAAUUGGAGAGAAAGGUUAUAGCUGGGAGAAGCUGGUGAAAUGGUCAAGCUGUGUGGAGGACUUGACAGAAAGCGAGCAGCAAGCUACUCAACUCUUGUCUGGACUGAUGGAAUUGGACCCAACCAAGCGUCUCAGCGCCGCGGACGCUUUGCAGCAUGAUUUUUUCUUGCGCCCCGUUCACCAUGAUGUAGAAUGGGGCGGUAAUCCAGAAGAAAGUGCAGAUUCAGCGGAAGAAGAGGAGGAGGACGAAGUGGAUGAAGUUGCCAUGCUAUGA